AUGCCGCUGACCGAGCCGUGGAGCAAAAAGCACAAGCGGCUUACCCGCGCCAGUUCUGGCGGCGUGCGCUUCAGCCUGAGCAACUCAUUCGCUCAGCCCACCAGUCACAGCGAGUUGCUACGGCUCACACGCGAGAGAGGCGACCACGCGCUGCUGGAGGCGUUUGAGACGCACGACCUGACCUACACGCCAAAUGGAGGUAGCUUGGAUCUGCGGGAGGAGGUGGCGGCCCUGUACGGCUGCCAUAUCGGCGUAGAGAACGUCCUCGUCUUUGCCGGCUGCCAAGUCGCUCUCCAGACGGCUGCCUUUGCCCUCACAAACAGUCACACGCACGCCAUCGUCUUCAACCCAGCAUAUCAAUCCACCGCCGAGACGCCGCUGCAUGCUGGGAGCCAGGUCACGACCCUUCCUCUCCGCGCGUCAAAGGGUUGGCAGCUUGACGUCACCGAGGUCAAGGCCGCCAUCCGAGACAACACCAGGUACAUCAUCGUGAACCAGCCGUACAACCCCGCCGGAGUGCUGAUGAAGCGCGAGACGCAGCGAGAGCUCGCGGCGUUGGCGAGAGCUCAUGGCAUCUACAUCCUCUCGGACGAGGUCUACCGGCUGCUCGAGCACGACCCGAAGGACAGAUUGCCGGCCAUGGCGGACCUGUAUGAGCGUGGUCUCAGCGCCGUGACUCUCUCCAAGCCGUGGGGCGCGUGCGGCGUCUCAAUCGGCUGGCUCGUCUUCCAGGACCUUACUAUCAAGCAGCGCCUGGUGGACGUGCAAUACUUUGGCACCGCAUGCUGCAGCCGGGCGAGCGAGCUGCAGGCCAUCAUGUGCCUCCGGGCGAGCGACACGAUCCUGCAGCGCAACCUGGCCAUCAUUCGGCGUAACUUUGGCCUUCUGGAGGCCUUCAUCCUCCGCAACGGCGACCUCUUUAGUUGGGAGCUUGCGGACGCGGGCAUCGGCAUCAAGCCCGCCUACUGCUUCAGCGACGUGGUGACGGAGGACCUCGACUACUUCCGCGUGGGAUACGGCGAGGAUGUGUUCCCUGACGCCCUCGAGGCGUUGCAGCUGUUUGUGGACGAGCACCGCAAAGAAUCGCAAGGGCUAUACGAAGCCACGACGAAGGUCGAAGCCUUCACGCACGCUCCAAAAGGGGCGCGCGCGGAUCUCUGUCGCAUUUAA